CAAGACGACCAGGACGCACUGAGGUUUCUGUGGAGAAAUAACCCCACAGAAAAUAUAAGGACGUACGCGAUGACGUCACUCAUUUUCGGCGCAAAUUGUGCUCCAUUCGUCGCGCAAUUUAUUAAAAAUAAAAACGCCCAGCGAUUUGAAUCGUCGUUUCCCGCCGCCGUCGAUGCCAUCGUCAACUCGCACUACAUGGACGACUACAUCGACAGCCUGCCCGACGAGGCGACAGCGAUCGACAUGGUAAGGAAUGUCAGUGACAUCCACAGGGCGGGCGGCUUUGAAAUAAGAAAUUGGACGAGCAACAGCGUCGCAGUUUUAAACAGCGUGCCAAAGGAGACCUUAGGUACCGCUGCUGUAAGGUUCAAAGUCGGCCAGGAACAUGAAAGCGAGCGUACCUUGGGUCUCAUUUGGUACCCGGCGGAUGACAUAUUGGGCUUCGAUUUGUCAUUAAAACGUAUACCGAGCGACGUCCUUGAAGGUGAGAAUAGGCCUACAAAGCGUUUAAUGCUAAGAGUAAUUAUGUCUAUAUUUGAUGUACUAGGUUUCUUAGCACCCUUCACGAUUCAAGGCCGAAUCAUGCUUCAAGAGGCUUGGCGCUUACAGGUGGAUUGGGAGGAUUACAUUCCAGACCAGAUAUAUCUAAAGUGGCGAAAGUGGGUUGACCUUCUAAAGGUGGUACUGCACAGCCGCGCGCAAUGCGGUAACGGACAGCCAAUUGGCGACAGCGCGUGCGGGCGAGAUGCAAGAUUGUGUGGAUAUCAAGGCAGAGGUACCUACCUCGCCCCCCGCGACCCACGCGCCUACGCACAGUGCUACGAAAGGCUACGACGGCGUAGCGGCAUCUACAUGUGCUACGACCGCAUCGAGUAG